CCUAUCCAAGGGGUUCAUUAGGAGGUCAGUAAACUGGAGAGAAGAAUGCUACAGAAUGCCUGUCGAUUUGAAUGGGGGAAGCUGAGAAGCCUCUUUCUGUGACAACUUCUCAACUGGAAAGAGCCAAAUAUCUGCUGGUAUUUUCUAUUAUUUGGACAUGUGCAGCCAAUUUUGGAGCAUGGGAAAUUGAAGUAGAUAAAGUCGAUGGAGGAGCAGACGAAGGUCACAGUAGAUUGUUUUCAAAAUGGAGAUCUCCUCUCACCAAGCCCGCUUGCUUCAACAGUUAAAUGAACAGCGCAAACAAGAAAUGUUUUGUGACUGCAGCAUCAUCGUGGAAGGAAGAGUCUUCAAGGGCCAUCGUAAUGUUUUGUUUGCCAGCAGUGGCUACUUUCGGAUGCUCCUCCUGCAUAAUGCACAAGAUGUGGGACAGCCCACGGUUGCCACUUUUGACGUAUUUUCCGCUGAUGCAUUUACAAUUAUUUUGGACUUCAUUUAUUCAGGGAGGUUGUCCCUCACAAGCCAAAAUGUGAUUGAUGUGAUGUCAGCUGCCAGCUACUUGCAAAUGACUGAUGUGAUCAGUGUCUGCAAAAGCUUCAUCAAAUCUUCUCUGGACAUCAGUGAGAAAGAGAGAUACUUCAACCAUUCCAGUAAUGGUGAGAAUAAGUGUGGGGAUAUGUCAUCUCUGUAUACCAGUAACCGUGGUCUGGAAGCUAGCUCUGUUCAUGUUCAGAAAAACACAGAUCUGGGGGCUAUUGUUGGGCACUCCUGGAGAAACUUCAACUUUCAUCAGCCAGUCGCAAACCUUCAGCAUUCUCCCAGAGAUCAGCUGCCAAACUCUUUUGUCAAUAAUCGAGCACAUCAGGAAAUACCUGAACUCUCUGUUUUCAAAGUCAGUAGUCUGUGUGGUUCUAGUGUGACUUCGAGAACAUCUGAAAGCAUAAACACUGUUUCCCAAGCUGAGGAGAAAAGAACACCAGAUUCUGAGCUGAGUGCCCCUCAUGUGAGUUAUCAAUUCAGGCAUGAGCCAGAUGUUUUGCCCAGAGACUGGCCAUUGCCACGCAGAAACGGUGACUCAAUACGGCAACCUUCUCGAGGUAGAGGUCGAAAGGCUGAAGACUGGUAUCCUCCAAUGCCUACAAUUCUGGAAGUUGUGGGUGACUGGAGUGGAGAAGGUGCAGGAGACUGCAAUAUGUUACCAAAAAUGAGAUUCAAGUGCCCAUUCUGUACGCAUACAGUGAAACGGAAAUCUGACUUGAAGCGACAUCUUCGAUCACAUACGGGGGAGCGACCAUAUCCCUGCGACUCCUGUGGGAAGAGAUUCACUCGACUUGAGCAUCUCCGUAGCCAUGUUCUAACCAUCCACAAAUCUGGGAAGCUUGUUAUCUGCAAAGUCUGCAGGAAGCCAUUCACUGGAAUUGCAGCUAAAAUUGUGCAACAUGAUGGCAAGUGCUUUGGGCUGUGCAAUAACUGUGCAUGUCUGAUGAACUCUGGUCAUGAUGAUGAGCCUAUUGAUCUGGAUGCGCAGCCAGACCAGGAUUUGGAAUUUCAGGAAAGUGACAAAGAAUCUGGAUGGAUGUCCACGGAACCAGAUGGGGAGACUGAGAUCCUGAGCUCAGGAGGAGAAGGUCCAGGAAGUAACGAAGUUCAUGUAGUUCAAGAAAUCCUAGACGAUGCAGAUGAAAAAGCCCAAAUUUAUGAGAAAAUUGAGAACAGUGACUGAGUAAACAAAUUCUAUGCCAGUUCUUUUUUUUAAAAGAAGGAAGAGGGGUUCCUGAGACCUGUUCCAGCAAUCUCUACAUUUCCUUGCCUCUUAAAAUUUUGAAGGCAACAAUUGUGAUAGUUUAUCAUUCCUGUUCAAGAGGAUGUGAGGUUAAUUGUUAUACAAAAUGUCCAGUUACAGUUUUAAAACUUAAUUAUUUUAGUGUUACACGAUGAACAUAUGCUUUUUAAAAAAAAAAAAUGACAAGGCAUUCAGUCCUACAGCGGAGAACCUCUUGGCCAGUUUUUGUUUGUUAAAGAGAAAGUUGUUCUUAGGGAUUUGAUCUGAAGAAAUCUCUCUUUGGGUUUCUUUCAUGCUGUAAUAUUUUAAAAAAUCAUUUGCCAAAUGUGCAGUCCACUUUGUAAACUGUUCUGUAUCGUAUUGUACACAGGCUGAAGGUAUUCAGCAGCAACAUUUUAUACUCCCAAGUGGUCCUGGAAUUGUAUUUUUUCUAUUUAUUCAUGGAAUGUGAGCAUCACUGACAAGGCCAGCAUUUAUUGUUGUUGAGCUGUGGUAAUAGUCAGACAUGAAUAAAUAUUAAGCCCAUAUUUUGGCUUGUUUUAGAAAUGCAAGAAUCUGUAGAAAUCAGAAGGAACAUAUUACUAUCAAGUUAAUUCCAACUAGUGUAAUGGUGCUGCAGGCAGCCCCAGUUUGUUUGUCCAUCAAAAUCUCUGUCUGACUGAUCAUUCAGACUUCAGGUAUAAACUCUCAAUAGCAGGAGUUAGAAUAAACCACAUUUUGAUUUGCUUAUUGUUGUUGCCAAAUUAAACUUUUUUCAGCAUACUCUUUCCAAAGGUUCACUUCGCUUGAAACCACAUUAUUUGCUUUUUGGUUAUUUGGAGUCUAGGGAAUUAGCACCCCAUGUCAUUAUCUAUUUUUAUUCCUCAGUUUGUUGAAGUACAUAAUCUUCAUUCUCUUAGGCUCGUUGAUCUUUAGUUAAAAGAUCAUCUUUGUCAUUCUCAGAUUAAGAUAUACGGAAGAUUAUAAAAUGUCCUCAGUGUUUGGACUUCUUGGAAUUCAGAAUUGUCGUAUUCACACACAAUAAUACAGCACCUUUAACAAGGUAAAACCAAUAUGCUGUUUACCCUAGUAAUCAGUAACUCAUUUCAAAGAUUACCACUGCCCUCAACCCUAGAUCAUGAAGAGAAAUUAUUAACCACUAUCUCCAGCUCCAGAUGUAGAAGAUUGCUGGAAAUGGCCUAUCUGACUUCAUGCCUAAGCUUCAAAUUAUUAUGUACAUUCAAACACUUUGAGCACCAGUAUACAGUGUCAACCCACUCACUGGAUGCCUUCCAUGACCAGUAGAGGAUAUAUGUUUUGUAUUAUUUAUUAAAUAGCCUUGGUGCCAAGAGGACCCAAUUCAUAAAGCUGUGUGGAAAGGAAGACACAGAAAAUUUGCUUUCAAAUGAUCAUGGAUUAAAAUGUCACGGUCCACAUUUUUAAAUAAGACUGACCCAGAAUAGUUAUGUGUUAUUGAAAUAAAUGGAUUUUUAAAAAGUGUAUUUUAAAAAUGUUUGCUUGGAUUUGUUCUGAAAAGAGCUGAUAAGCUUGCUCACUACAAUUUAGUUUACUACUCUGUAUGACUGUUUUGCCCUGAAUUGAAAUAUUCAAAAUUAAAAGGAAGGUUCUGCUGUGGGACUAAUUAUUUAAUUUAGGUACGGAUCGAGUGGAUGAUGUUUUAAGUGGUUACGUACAUAUGAGUUUAAUAGCUGAGACUCGUAAUGCAUUAUAUUAGCUUUAGAACAGCAGUGUUUUUAAAUCAUGUUGAAGUUGUAAGUCCAGAGUGAUUUUCUUUGUACUUUGGGGACCAGGAAAAAAAUCUGUUUAUUCAACCAGAGUGUAAAUAACUGAGAAAUGAAAAUAAAAUGGAACACUUUUCACAAA